UUUCUCAUAUUUUUUGAACUGUUAUUUCAGAAGGACAAAUAGGUUCAGCAUGAACCGUCUAAUUCUGCUUUGCAUAUUCACCGUGUUGUUACACAUGGUGUUGGGAUGUCCUUACCAUGAUCGUAUCCAAGUAUUGAAGCAAGAACAGGACGCCCGUAUCAAAGAGUUAAUGCGACGAAGCGGGGGUAGCAGUCUGUCACUAUACACAGGCAGAAUCGACCCUGUGCUACGUAAAAAAUACAUUCAUACUGACCGAACGCUCCGUAUGAAACAAGAUGAGAUCGACCGAUUGAACGCUUUCCUGUUGAGCAUUGAUAGCGACUAUGCAGAGGAACCGGGUCAUACACACACACAUAGCACAUCAAGCAGUUCUUCCGCUAGCACGGGAUCCUCGCAUGGCCAUAGCCCGAGCACUGGAACGUCCAGCACUGCAGGUCAUUCCAGCCAUUCAGCUUCAAGGAGACCAGCAAGCUCCUCACACAGAGUAAACCAUCGUCCCACCACCAGCCAUUCCACAAGCCACAGUAGACCUGCAAGUAGCAGUAGGGCCACCUCUAGCUCAAGUUCAAGGACACCCAGCCGGUCGGGAGCUCACGGGACUCACACAACUUCCCUCAACAGACCGUCGACAAACUACAUUGGUUACAACUCGCAUCGAGGCUACAUACCAAGGGGAAGAAAGACCCCUGGGAUCUCAGUCGGGUUCGGGUCUGCAUCGACCGUGUACCAGCCGGAAAGAUACGUUGCAUGCCCUGGCACCAGAUUCCAUGUUUGUCCAAUCGGAACAACCUGCGAGCGACACGGUCGUACUUACAGAUGUGUGCAACGUGGGCAAUACAGAUGCCCAGAUGGAUUUGAAAGAUUCAACGUAUCUUCUACACAAUAUAGAUGCCAAGACAUCAACGAAUGUGAAAACGUCGACCUUAACCACUGCGAGUACGAUUGCUUGAACACACAUGGAAGUUACAGAUGUACAUGUGAUGAUGGGUACAGUGUUAUGGCGGACGGAACAUGUGUUGAUAAUGACGAAUGUGCUGGCAGUUACCACGUAUGCCAGAACGAGUGCAGAAACACCCUUGGGGGUUACGACUGUGUGUGUCCUCAAGGUUACAACAAGACUGAGCCAGGCGGUAAAUACUGUCAAGACAUCAACGAGUGUUUGGAUGAGGAAACUUGUCGGACCGGAGAAAAAUGCUUGAAUACUUUUGGAUCGCAUGAAUGCAAUGUGCCGCAGGAAUGCGAGGAGGGCUAUUUGAGGAAAAAUACAACUGGAAACGAAUUCGGACCAUGCGUUGUGGAAAACUACGAGACCGACACUCACAAGCCAGUGUCCAUCUCACACAGCAGGUUCGCUCUGUUUUCCAAAUAUCCUAUGAAUAGAGAGGUCGCCAAAAUGAACUAUUACAGAGUGUCAGGCCACAGAUACAUGUUCAGGGUAACCGAAGGCAGCGGUUACUUCAGAAUUGUCCAACAAGCUGGAAGAAACUACGUCACCAUUAAAACACGUCGUCGACUCAUUGGACCUCAAGUGUAUAGAAUGAAGAUACUAGUGACCGACUACGACAGAACAGCAAGCGAUUGGAGACGCCGUACCAUCACAAGCAGGAUAGAUCUAGAAUUCAUUGUUUCGCAAUACGACUUUUAAAAAGCAAGGGGUUACGUAAAACUCGAACCGUCAUAAAAACGUUAAUUUGUAAAAUUUCUUAAAUUGCUCGACAGCUGCGUCAGUGUGUAAUGAAAUUGUGACAAAAUAUUCACGAUUUGUAAAUAAACAAGUUUCACGUUUCA